AUGGACCCCUCAUCUUCCCAAAACCCCUCUCAGGACUCGCCGAGACCGACCCAGAAUGUGUCCGUCGGCUCGCGGGCGAGUCUGAGCCAUCGACCCGCCAGUCGGAAGCAAAGUUCAGACUCUACACCCAAUAAUAGGAAUACCCCCAUCCCAGAUGACGAACAUGGGGCGGAUAUGCCCCUGACCAUGUCCGCGUCGGUGGUGCUAACCAGCCUACCGCGUGAUGCCCAUCAAGCGCUGGCAGAUGCUGAGGCCGUUGAUAAGGGGAAAGUUACAGUCCGCUUCCAACCUCUGGCUUCUGCGCCCAUACUGAAAAACAAAGUUUUCAAAAUCAGUGCCUCCCAGAAGUUUGAGACUGUAGUCAAGUUCCUCAGAAAGAAGUUAGACUGCAAAGAGACGGACUCUGUCUUCUGUUAUGUAAAUAGCGUCUUUGCGCCGGGGCUGGACGAGGGUGUUGGAGGCUUAUGGAGAUGCUUUAAGGUUGAUGAUCAAUUGAUUGUCUCAUACUCCAUGACGCCUGCGUUUGGGUGA